AUGCGAAGGGUUACACUUUUUGUCAACGGAACCUCCAAAAAUGGCAAGGCUGUAGCAGUUUAUGGGACUCUGUCCGAACUUUUGACAGUCGCCAGCAAUAAGUUGGGAAUCAGGGCUAGUAACCUAUAUAAUGGGAAAGGUGGUCUUAUAGAUGACAUUGUCCUCAUCCGAGGUGAUGAUGUGCUAUAUGUGUCGGAAGGAGAUGCCUUCAUUGAUCCUCAAAGUGAUGGGAAGAUGUCUGAUGAUAACUCAGGAUUGCACACUGAUUGGCUGAUGCUGAAUAUUGGUGGGCAUCUCUUCACAACCACUGGGAGUACUCUUGUGAGUAAGGAGCCUGACAGUAUGCUGGCACAUAUGUUUAGAGAAGAGAAUGUAUGGGGUAAUACGCAGGAUGAAAGGGGGGCUUACCUCAUUGAUCACAGCCCAGAGUACUUCAAGCCCAUUCUGAAUUACCAAAGGCACAGCCAGAUCAUUGUCAAUGAAGGCAUAAACUUACUGGGAGUACUGGAAGAAGCUCGAUUCUUUGGAAUAGAGCAGCUGGCUGAACAGCUAGAGGUUGCCAUUAAGAGUUCUAAUCCACCUGAAGACCAUUCUCCACUCUCUCGGAGGGAAUUUGUUCGGUUUUUUCUGGCUACACCAACCAAAUCAGAACUGCGCUGUCAGAUAGAGGACAUUGGUCUAAAUUUAAUUGGAGCAGAUCUUUCUAGGCUGGAUUUGCGGUAUAUUAAUUUUAAAAUGGUGAAUCUGAGUCGCUGUAAUCUCACCUAUGCAAACCUUUGCUGCUCAAACCUGGAGAGAGCAGACCUGUCUGGAGCCAACCUAGAUGUGAGCUCAACAUCUCUCUUGUUUCUUUUUCUCUGGCCCUCUUCAAUUCAUAUGAAGCCUUUCUUAAAGGGAUAA